AUGAGAAGGAAUGAGAAUACGAAAAUAAUUGGAGAGAAAGUUAUUCUCAUUCCCUAUGAGGAGGAACACGUCCAGAAGUACCACGAAUGGAUGGAAGACGAUGAGAUGCUAAGACUUACAAGGUCAGAGAGGUUGACCUUAGCAGAGGAAUAUGAAAUGCAACGAAAGUGGCGAUUGGACGAUGACAAGCUCACAUUUAUUGUAUUGUCCAAAGCUGUGUCAGAUACUGGUUGUUCUGAGGUAGAGAGCAUGAUCGGCGACGUGAAUCUCUUCCUAUCAAGUGGUCGUCAUUCUGGAGAGUUAGAAGUUAUGAUUGCUGAACAAGCUGCUCGUUGCAGUGGGGCUGCCACGGAGGCUGUAUCGCUUCUAAUUUCCUAUGCUCUAAAAGAACUCAAUUUGAAAAAUUUCUUUGUAAAAAUAACCGAGGAUAAUAUGGCUAGCUUACAUUUAUUUGAACAAAAAUUGCAUUUCAAGCGGGUUUCUUACAGUGAGGUUUUUGGAGAAAUUACUUUGGAAUUGGCUCCUUCAGCGCCGUUUGAUGAAUGGCGUAAAGCCACGGUUGUUCAGUAUAGAGUUUGA